UAUACCCACAUACUGCCCUGGCAAAGCGCUCCUAGUGUGGUCGCGGCUUCUACCCUUAUCAGUCUAGCCACCUGCGUCUACACUAGAGCUUUUGGCAACACAGCUCUGUCGGCCACAGAUCACAACCCCAUCCUGCCCCGACCAAGGUAGUCGUGCCAGCAACAGUCUGUAAAGCAGACCCGGCCUGAGAUUUGGGAAACCUUGAGCUCUCGCUGUGCUACAGCCCCUCGCUCUCCUAUGCUAGGAGCUGCUGCCUGCCAAUUACUCUUUGCCAUACAGACUGCAAGCUCUUUGGGGCAGGGACUGGCUACGUGCAUUUGUGCAGUGCCCGGCGCAAUGGGGCCCUGACCUGACUGACACCUGUAGUCGCUAUCCCAAUACAUAUGUAAUAGUUACGCACCGACUCCUGAGUUCGGUCCCAAAUCAGCCACAUUUUCAGCCUUUUUUUUUAUUGAUCUUGGCUACUAAGUCACAAAACCCAGCCAGAUCCAGCGGGACCCCAAACACACCUCUCCCCCAGGUCUACCUUAACAUCUCCAAAAUCUGUGUCCUAUGGGAACGUUCUUGUGGGAUCAGAGGGACAGUUUAUCUGCACUGGGAUCAGCCAAUAUUUGCAUCAGAGGCAGUGAAACGACUUCCCGGUAAUCCAGGAGUGGGGCUGUGAAAUCAGCUCACAGAAGUGCAGCCUCCACAGUGGCUUUUACCCUCCCGGCACUGACUUUGUGGGGCUCCUUUUCCAGACGGGAACCCAGCUCCGUUGCCGUGGUGGUACCAGACUUUGCGCUGUUCGAGGAAAUCAGCCUGCUGGCUCCCUAUGCUCUUUGCCUCUGGGGAUCAGAAAAAGAUGGCCACCAUGCAAGCCCUCCUGCUUUUAAUACUCAUCAGAGUAGCCGAGCCCAGGGCAGGCAUAUGCCCUGCCUGCGAGAUGGCAGUCCUGGACCCAGAGGUGCAGAAGUCGUUCCUCAUUGAGCUAGCAAAGCAGAGUAUUCUUUCCAAGCUGCAUUUGAAGGAGCGACCCAAUGUGACCCAGCCGGUCUCCAGCGCUGGCCUCCUGACAGCUCUGGUGAGACUACGUGUCAGGCGCACGAACCCGAGCAUCACGUUGGAGAUGCCAAGCCAGAGUCCCAAGACUGAUGUGCAAGAGUAUGAGAUUCUCAGCUUUGCUGAGCCAGGGCCCUCCGCUCUCAACAUCACGCAUCUGCACUUCCACUUCACCCAGGAUGCUGGCAGAAGCGUGCAAAUCCUCCACGCCAACAUGUACGUGUUCCUGGCAGCCCCCGGCAGCCCCGCGCGCAGGGUCACAGCGAAGCUGCUGUUGUCCAAGCCAGGCGAUGCAAACCCGACGCUGGUUGGCAGGAGGAAGCUGGAGGUGAAGCGGGGAGGCUGGGCCGCGGUGGAGGUCAGGGCAGCUGUCCAGAGCUUCUUCAGCAAAGGCGGCCAGAGACUAACGGCGGAGCUGGAGCUUGAAGGAAGCCCGGAGCCUUCCCUGCUUCUCAGCAGCAGCGAGUCUCACUGGCCGUUCAUGGUGGCCAAGGCCCGGGCCAGUCCCCGACACCGGAUUCGCCGCCGAGCCAUCGAGUGCAAUAGCAAGUCCCGGAUAUGCUGCAGGAAGCAGUUCUUCGUUGACUUCAAGGAGAUCGGCUGGGAGGACUGGAUCAUCCAGCCGGAGGGCUACCGCAUGAACUACUGCACGGGGCAGUGCCCCAUGCACGUGGCCAGCAUGCCCGGCCUGGCCUCCUCCUUCCACACAGCCAUCCUGAAUCUCAUCAAGGCCAACAACGCACACGCCACUGUCAGUUCCUGCUGCGUCCCCACGAGCCGCCGGCCCCUCUCCCUGCUCUACUACGACCAGGACAGCAAUAUCAUCAAGACCGACAUCCCCGACAUGAUCAUGGAUGCCUGCGGCUGCACCUAACCCGCUGCCCAGCGCACACACAGCUGUCUUUGCACUGAGCGAUUCUUCCCUCAAACCAGGACUGGACAGAGAUUCCCCCUCCAAAGCCCUGUUCCCACUGGUCCUGCUGUUAGAAUUCACGUCCUUCACAUACAUGACUGAUUGUGCUGGUGAACCGUGCCGUGUCAAGCACCAUCUCUCCGGAGGACAAGUACAGCAAUCUCACCCCCCAUCCAAUGACCUCCCUCCACCCUUUCCCGGGGAAGGGAAGAGAGCUCCGAGCCAUCCUGCAGACUCCAGCCAAGGGCCUUUUGCAGCCGUGGGUUCUGCAAUGUGAAGACCCGCCCUGUAGGAAAAUUGGACCAAGCCCCCCUGACCUCAGAGACCGCCGUGGGGGGAAUGCUGGGCAGGGUCAGAGAGGAACUCAGUGCUGCCUAGACAAAUUCAGACGGGAGGAAAGCAGGUGUAAAUUCUUGAUGGGGCGAGUAACUAGCCACUGGCACAAUUUGCUGAGGGCCGUGGCAGAUUUGCCAUUUUGAAAUGGGGACUGGAGGUUUUUCCAAAAGCUCUGCUCUAGGAACGAUGGGUGGGGAUGCUACCUACUCAGAAGAAACGGUCACAAGGGGCCCUUGGGAUCUCUGAUCUGUGGCUGAGCGGGGCAGGGAACAGGGGGCCACACCACGUCGCUUGGCACUCAAUCGGAGCUGCAGCUUGAGAUGCCAGCUGGCAUGCACCAAGUCCUGUGGAACCAGGAGAGCGCUCUGGGGU